CGGGAGGCGGGCUCGGGGCGGCCCUUCGGAGCGGCGGCGCGCGGUGGCCGCCCCGGGUCGCGCUCACUGUCGGGGCCGGACCCGGUGCCGUCCCUUUCGGAGCGGAGCGCGCAGCGCCGGAGCCCGGAGUGGAGAAGGAUGGACACCGUCAGCCAGGUUCCCAUGGAAGCUGUGCUCCCCAAGCACAUCUUGGAUAUUUGGGUCAUUAUCCUUAUCAUCUUGGCCACCAUUGUCAUCAUGACGUCCUUGCUGCUAUGCCCAGCGAUGGCAGUCAUCAUCUACCGCAUGCGGACUCACCCUGUUCUCAAUGGACCUGUAUGAAUGCCUCCCAAGGAGGGGCAGGUGACAUAUGAGGAUGGCAUCUACUCCCUCAGUCUCUUCUCCCUCAAAAACAAGCAGGAGGGCCUUGGGAAUGUGGACUCUGGAGUGAGAUAUGUAAGAGGAGACCCUUGUUCUGGCUUUGAUUCUCUCACUGGCUGAUAGUGUGGGUUCAGUCAAGUGACAUGAUUCUGUGAGUUCCUACUUCUUUAUCUUUCAAAUGGAGGUCAUGAUCCCUAUCCUGCCUACCUCAGAGGUUAUGGAAUUAGUGGCUUCGUAGAGUUUCUUGUGAGCAUUUAAAGCCACCACUGAUAGGCACUGUUAUGCUGAAUGCUAAGAAGCUUUGAAAAACCAAAUGACCUAUUUGCUGAUGAUGGUCUUCAAGAUGGUGAAGGAGCGAGCGGAAGAGUGGUUCUACCAGGGCCCCAUAUCUCAAACCAAGCAAAGAGCAUUCUAUCCUCAUUCCAAGGACCCCAAACCACAGUGGCUCAAAACUUGCUUUUCUCAAGUUUUCUGAAGAGAAAAUUGAGCUUGGUGUGGAGAUGGAGCAAGGUGAGGGGUAGAUGAAGUGGAAAUUUUCAGGAGUUUUUUCAGCCAGAAUCUUUGCCCCUAUUUAAUGUAGGGGAGGGCUCUACUAUUUUUGGCACUGUCAAGGGAGCUGGCAUGGGCACUGGGCUUCUGUCUGCACUGGACCGCCAAAGCAGGUGCUCGAACUCGCUUUGAUAUUCAAGCAAUGUUGGAAAACACAGGUGGUUGAGUUCUCUGCCCUACUGAGUUCUCUAACCUCCAUCCCCUGGUGUGACACACACAAGGGCGCUCUGCCCUUCUGCCAGGAUCCUGCAGUAAGUACUCCAGACUGUCUUCCUGGACUCCCACCAGGACUGCAACCAACCCAAAGGACAGACAUAUUUUAAAGACACAUUCCCAGGAUUUUUGGAGCCAACCCCAAGCAGUGACGACGAUUAUUUCAAAUGAUGUAGGAAGAUUUCUGAACCACUCAAGAUCUUUGGUCCAAUUUAGAAAUGUCCUGGGACUUAUUAAAUUAUGUCAGAAAGCAGUCCAGAUACCAUGAUGUUAUUAUAAAAUGAUGCUUCUACUUUGACCUGA